GUUCACAUCACUGUCACACCACCCAACACAUCAACACGUGAUUUCCGUCGACGCUCUCAUGCCUUGUCUCACAGCAAACCAGCUGCUCAUUGUAUGACACUGAGAACUCCAUCUGUAUCGACACAUCGACUAGAGACAUAAUGGAAUUGAUCCUAAUUUGCACAACAGUUUUGAUGUCCCGUAUUCUCGCGGGCGAGACUUCCAUCUCCUCCAUGUCAUUGCGUCUCUUAAAUACAACAUACCUGCCGUCGACAUUCAAUACGCUCAAUGAACCCACAAGCUACGGACUCGGAAAAGACGCAGCCGAGGCGUUAGCCUUUGAUCCCACCUCAAAGGUCGCCUACGUCGUCGGUGCCACUGGAUACCUCUACGUCAUCACCUUCAACGCAUUAACCGGAGAAGGAUCCGUAGCCUUAGCCAAACUAGUCACUGAUCGAGAGAAGGUUACAGAUGUCGCAGUCUGCAACAACUUGGUUGCCGUGUCCUACCACGGACGAACCGUCCGCCUAAACGGAUUUGUCGAAUUCUACAGCAACUUUGAUCUCAAGACUAGAAGUCUUGCGUUUCUUCACAGAGAGAGAGUCGGUGUCGGUCCCGAAUCGAUAGUGUUUUCUUCCGGAUGCGAGACGUUGGUGGUCGCCAACGAGGGAUGUGCGGGCUGGUUGGAUUCUACGAACUUUACAUCGUUUUAUAAUCCGGAGGGCUCGGUCUCCGUCAUAAGAAACAUUAAGAGAGAAAGCGAGACGGUCAGAUGUGACGUCGUCACUGCCGGGUUUACAAAAUUCAACGACCGAGUGUCUUUCCUGGAACAGCAGGGAUUACACUUUGUGAUGGAGAGAGACGCGUUUGGACACACCUAUACUCUUUCGGAGGACUUAGAACCGGCGUAUGUCGUUCUAUCUCCGGACGAUCGGACGGCCUAUGUAGCGCUCCAAGAAAACAACGCCAUCGCUGUCGUCGACGUCGAGUCCGCCACAGUGACGGAAAUCUACGGUUUGGGACGUAAAGAUCACUCUUUGACGAACAACGGUUUUGAUACCCUUAAUGACAAGAUGGUUAGGAUUAGGGCUAAACCAACAGGAGUCUACGGUCUUUAUCAACCACAGGGCAUGGCCGCUUUCCUUUUUGAGGAUCAAACAUACAUUGUGACCGCAAAUGAAGGCCAGUCUAAAUCCUACUCUCUUGACGACAGAGCAAUGUUCUCGGAAGAGUCCGUCGGAAGGUCGUUUGUCGGAAGCUUGACGGCGUCAGCAAAUGCUUCACUGUACGGCAGCUUAAUCAAUGGCGGAGAUCUUGAACGACUCGCUAUAUCCAACGCCACGAGUAAAAUCUGGAAUGGACUAUAUGGCGAGCUUUACACUUUCGGGGGCCGCAGCUUCUCUGUUUACCUCAACAAGGAUGGUAGACUAUCGAUGAUCUAUGAAAGCGGCAGCCUACUUGCUGAAGAACAUGCCAAACGGUACGUAACGUGGUUUAAUGGGAAGUCGUCCAAAGACAGAUCUCUCGCGCAAUCGUUCGACUCCCAGAGCGAAGAGCAAGGUAUCCAACCGGAGGCAAUCCAUAUGGCGAACGUCGGCGGCGAGCGGAUCGUAUUCCUCGGAAACGAGAGAACGUCGACGAUUUUUGUCUUCAGUCUUGAACACCCGUCGACCCCAAGGCUACUGACGACCGUCACAAACGUAAACGAAAAGAUGGCAAGCGAAGAGGCUUAUAACCGGAGACAACUCGGUGACGUCGAUCCCGAGGAUUUUGUGUUUAUUCCGUCGGAGUCAAGUCCGGUUAGUGGAAGGUCACUGUUGAUCGUAGCUGGAUCAUACAGCGGUACAGUGAGCGUCUACGAAGUUAACUAUACUUGCACUUAUGGCAGUUUGGGGAACGACUGUGUUCCCUCUUCUGGUUUAGCGCUAGUUAUGCAAACUGGUGUUACGGCUGCUGGUCUCCUCUUGACCGCAGUGACUUGUUUGGUACAAAUUGCUGUGGUCCUCUAAUUAACUAUCUAACGGCUAAUCUUCUUUGACAAAACUUUAGCAUUACGUGAUUGCAGAUCAACUAAUAAU